AGUGUGAGGAAAGCUUUAUUAUCUAUGAAAAUUUGUUAUGAUAAAAAAAAUUGUAUUAUAAAUAAUUUACGUUUCUUUAAUUAUGUCCUUCAUUGUUAUUAAUUUUAGUUAUUUAGAAACACAUUCUUUUGAAAUAAAUGGCUAUUUUAUGGCUGUUUUAACAUUUUCAUUGCCCUACUGCAGACGAAAAAAAGCAAGUGCACGCUGCCGCCGCUGUGUCCAUAGACAAAUCGAAGGAGGGAGGAAGUUUGUGAGUGAUCGAUUUUGCACCGGCCUCCCAAAACUCACGACACGGGCAUUUUCUUUGUUUGUCCGGACGCUUGUGUUGUUCACAAUAAGCUAAACAGUAGCCGCGGUAGUUGUAAUAAAAUGGCGAACAUGUUUCGCGCCGUGACGGUCUCUGCCGUCAACAAUGACGGCGCCCUGACGCCGCGUUUCAAUUUUCCGACAAACGUAAACGUGGAUUACGAUCCUCAAGGGUUGAGUGUUAAAGUGAUCCGUGCGGACCCGGUGCUGGCGCAGGAGGUCCUGGAGUUCCCGGUGCACAGCCAGAGCGAGUGUUCGCGCGUGGCGGGCCAAAGUUACAUCUUCACGAUAGACAAUGAAACGCUGUUCUUCAAAUUCGCAUCGGACGUCGAUUGCCAGAAUUUUCACCUGCUGGUCAGCAAAAUCAAAGCUGGCCGCUCGUCGUCGGUGUUCACGGUGCGGACGGAAGACUCCUCGGCGCUCCAGUAUUUCCAGUUUUAUGGUUACUUGAGUCAGCAGCAAAACAUGAUGCAGGAUUACGUACGAACGAGUACAUAUCAGCGCGCCAUUUUAUCGAAUAUUAACGACUUUAAGAAUAAAGUGGUGUUGGACGUUGGAGCAGGUUCAGGUAUUUUAUCGUUCUUUGCCGCUCAGGCGGGUGCUCGUAAGGUUUACGCGGUAGAGGCUAGUAACAUGGCGCACCAUGCGCAAGCUUUAGUUCGCGCGAACGCGCUCCACGACCGGAUUACGGUCGUAGCCGGAAAGAUUGAAGAGAUAGAGCUUCCUGAGACUGUAGAUGUGAUAAUUUCUGAACCUAUGGGCUAUAUGCUGUACAAUGAACGGAUGUUAGAAACCUAUUUGCAUGCUAAGAAGUGGCUCAAACCAAACGGAAACAUGUACCCCACUAGAGGUGACUUACACAUAGCUCCGUUCACCGAUGAUGCUCUCUUCAUGGAACAAUACAAUAAGGCUAACUUCUGGUACCAGACUUGCUUCCAUGGAGUAGAUUUAAGUGCUCUCCGGACUGCAGCAAUGAAGGAGUACUUUAGACAGCCAAUUGUUGAUACAUUUGAUGUCCGCAUCUGCAUGGCAAGAUCGGUGAGACAUGUAGUUGACUUCCUUAACGCUAAUGAGACAGAUCUGCAUCGCAUCGAGGUACCAUUCAGAUUUGAAUUGACACAAUCAGGUACAUGCCAUGGACUUGCCUUCUGGUUUGAUGUGUUAUUUGCUGGCAGCACACAGCCGAUCUGGCUGUCUACAGCACCAACAGAGCCUCUCACACAUUGGUACCAGGUGCGCUGUCUACUUGAAACUCCCAUAUUCGCAAAACAAGGCCAAGCUUUAACUGGACGAGUGCUGUUACUGGCAAAUAAACGACAGAGCUAUGAUGUGACGAUGGAAUUAAACCUAGAAGGCACAAAUAUAACAUCCUGCAACACAUUAGACUUGAAGAACCCUUACUUCAGGUAUACGGGUGCGCCAGCGGCGCCUCCACCUGGCGUGAACACCACCUCUCCGAGUGAAGCAUAUUGGAGUACUGUAGACACAGGAGCGCUCAGCAACGGUCAGCAAGUUCUGCUAGAAACGCCUGCGUUCGGCGCAGCGCCCGACAUGUCCUACCCCCAGCACCCAAACAUGAUUAAGACAGUGAUGCUGCAGGAGGAGUUCAUCAAGAGGAUCGGGAUUAGUCAGAACGGGGACAUAUAAUCCGCGCGGUCGCGCCGGGAGCGCCUGCGGGCCCUGAGGCGGCGUCGGUUGUGAUCCGGACGCUCUAGUGUGUAAGCGGACUUAUUUAUUUCGAAGACAUCACAGUGCGGCCGAUUUGACCUGGAGCUGGUCUUUGUGGGUUUGGUUCUGGAAGACUAUGUUUUUCACUUUUGUGUAACAUAAAUUGUGUUAGUUGUACAGUCUUAUUUGACGAAAUCAGAAGAAUGACUUAUGCUGAGAUUUUUACCAUAUAGAGUCCAAUACUUCUCUGUGAAAUGCCUAAUUCCAAGUAAAUAAAGUCUGAUUGUACCAACAGUAACACUCUAAUACACAAAAAUAUAUCUAAAUCUCAGAAUAAGUUCUUUCUUGAUCAAUUAAAUUGACUCACUAAAAUCGACAAAAUGUUACUUUCAUUAGACUUUGACAAAGAAUUGUAAUAUUAUCAUCAUAAGCAUGUUAUCAACUUAAAACAGGGUGUUAUUUCAACCAUUUUUCAUAUUUUGGCAGGUGAAUAUGAGGUCUUACGGAGCAACUUUUAUAAUGGGACUAACCAGUCCCAAUAUAAUUGGCUGAUUGUAUAUGUCAAGAAGUGUAGUAUACAGUAUAGUAUACCAUAUAACAAAGAGUGUAACCGCUGAAGGUGCUGCGGUCACAAGGGGAAAAAGAGCUACUUACACAAGGCUUGAUGCCGGAUAUGACAAAAGACCGCCAAAAAUGGCGCCAGUGUUAGAAGUGACCAAGGAAAUGGGAUAAGGUAAGGAUAAUGAUGAUCGAGACAGCCAAGAAAAUAUUCAUGAUUUCGAGUUUGGUCCCAUAGUAAGUUUCUCAGUAUGACCUAUAGUUCACCUAGCAAAAUCUGGCUAAAAGUUGAAAAAUUCCCCAUGGGCAAAAUGCAACUUAUGUCUUUCAUAAAGUAUGCUUUAGUUAAAGUCUGAUGCUUUAACAGCUUGUAAAUACCCUGUGGGGGCCCGUUGCAGGGCGAAAGGCAGCUCCAGCCUAGAUAAGAUAGUGCAAGUACAGUUAUUAGUGUUACGAGUCAGGCCUAAGCCUUGAAGGCUUGAGAUAAGUUUUUUGUGUUCUAAGAAAUUAGUGUGCCAUUUAUUUUUAAUAAAUCACGAAUUGGGUCAUUUUUACGUAGAAUUCUGAGGACUAGUGAUUAUAAAGACCACUUUUUCAUCCUAAAAUAAUUAAAGGGUUACUUUGGGAUGGUACAAAAAAAAUUACAGUCAGAGAAUUUAAUCUCUGUAUCAUUUCGUACCUUGUCAAAGUGACAAUCAAUUUGGAAGUCGCUAGAGUCGACAUUUUCAGAAUCAUCAACACCUUGAUGGAGCCAUAACACGAAAAAUUGAUUGAUUGAAAGUCGCUAGAGACCUCAAACUAUUGUCUCUGCGACAAGGUAUGAAAUUGUGCUAAAAUUAAAUUCCUUGACCGUACGUGAAAUGACGUCACAUACUUGACAAAAGAUUUGACACUUAAAUCAAAUAGUACUUGUUAUUCUCAUCAGAAAUAACCCUUAACUUUAUAAAUAAAUGCUACACUGUAUUCUAAAAAUGCCCUAAAGAAAGCUAGCAACACUGGAAGACUCGAGCCUUAAAGACUUGGAGGCUUGACUUGCAACACUAAAGUUAGUGCAGUAAGCUAAUAGUGUAAGGCUUCAUUGUCAAUACUCAUGGCUCAUUGGUGGGAGUUUUUGGAGAAACAUUGAUAUUUUGUAACAAUUACUUUACGAGGAAGAACAAUUUUUUUAAUAGUAUUUUCCGUUGAUACAGGCAAAGGUGCACCUGUUCUGUAAUAUAUUCACUCUUACUAAAGAUACCUGAUAGAAAUGAAUAUUUAGAGUCAGACCAUGAUAAGUUGGCAGCAGUUUUGACAGCCCAGACAGUGCAAGUGUUAUUUUGAAUGUCAAACUUCUAUGAAAAUAUGAUGUUUACUUAACACUCAGGCUGGGCUAACAAAAUCGCUGCAAAGUUAGUUUGGCCUGACUAGUUGGUAAUUGCAACUAUUGGAUGUACAGCCGCCAUCAGAUAUGUUGGAGCUGCUGAGGUGUUCAAAAAUAUCUGAACAUGCACAUGAUAUUUGUGACCUGGGGAACUCCUAUAUAUCUGAUAGAGAGUAACUAAAAAUAUAUGGAUAGAAGUACAGUCGGUAUCGAACAGAUAGACUGCCAAAGUGGCCAAAUAUUUUGGUACAGUACCUACACAUCUAUAUCUAUGGUAAGGGGUUAUCCAUUAAUCACACGUUAAAGAAACUAAAAUUCAAAGUUUGUGACGUCACUUUAACAUGACCAGUAACUGAAAUUAUUUUAUCUCUAGCGCUUUGGCAAUAGAGGCGUGUUCAGAUAUUUGUGAGCACCGCGGCCGCUCCGAUAUAUCUGAUGGCGACUGUACAUUGGCCCCAUAGUUGCAAUUACUAACACAAUAGCAUGAAACUCGUGUGCAAUUUACGAGUAUAAUAAAAUUAAUAAAUAAUAAUCAUUUAAUAAAUCACUGCCAUUAUGUACUAAUAUUAUGACAAAAAUUACAUUGAUCAGAUGAUUCAGCCCAAAAUUUAAUUAUGUGACGGAUUCUACUUGAUUUUUGUAUGACUUCAUUAAAAACUAUGAAACAACAAUAUUUCAUUUUAUUUCCUUAGGCGGCUGUCAGCAGCGUUGGCUGAACGUUCACUAGAAUUGAAAAUUUACCAUUAGAAAUUGAACCGCAAACUGUAACCGUCAGUUACGGUUCAAUUUGUAAUGGUUAAUUUUCAAUUCUGAUUAACGUUUGGCCAACACUGGCUGUCAGACCGGCGAAGCGAGUAGUGUAAUGUUUCACCCUAUUUCAAUGGGUUAAGAAAGGUGAAAAAAUGUGUAACCUAUAGUUAGUUGGGCGUUAAACAAGAGAUGCAUAUUAAUAAUUGAUCAUAGAGAUAUCUUCAUACUAACGGCAAGAAGUUUUUUUAAAACAAAAUAUUCUUAUUAAAUUGAUCACUCACGUUUUUUAUGUCGAAAAUUGAUCGAGUUUCAUGACUAUAAUAGCGUAGGGCUCGAGUUUAAGGUUCUCGUUAUGGAGUGAAACGUGUGGAGUAAUUUUCGACUUGAAAAACGUGAGUGACCCGUAUGAUUGAUACUUGGGAAGUUUGGUAAUUAAAAUACCUAUUUAGUCGUUACUGGUAAGACGGCUGCCUACAAUAUUAUAUUUUGGAAUAUAUACAGGGUCGUUUUAGUAACCUGCAACAAUUUAUAUAUAAUAGGUCAUCUGAGCAACUUAUACUAUAGGAUCAAUCGCGAAAAAAAAAUUUGCUGUUUCAUCAAUGAAUGUCAAGUGACAGCCUUGACAUUUUCUAUGAGUACAUUUUUUUUCGCAACUCCGUAAAUUAUUGCAAGUGAGUAAAUAAACAUCCUGUAAUCAAUCGAAUAAGCGACAAAGUAGGUAAUCAAGGGUUCAAGGUUACUUUUGCCCAAGAUUAAUGCAGAACUCUGCAGUAAUUAUACCUGUUAUUCAUAUUUUGUAAUUGUAGUGAAUCUCAGGGUAUCAAUUUUCUCCAACAAAUCCUACGGGUUCAAGUUAUCAUUAGGUAGAAUGUGUACAGUAAGCCUGCCGUCCUAAACGCGGACAUAGCUUAUGAGGAAGACGGACGUUUCCAGAAAAAUGUAUAUCUUAUACUUCCGAAAAGGAACUUUGAAAUAUUUGCGUCAUUACAAGUUCCUUUAAUUGAAAUAAAUGUACAUUUUUUCAUACAAAAUUGGAAUCCGUUUUGUGAUGAUCCAUACAAAAUGUAUAUAAGAAAUGCCAUAAAAUUGACCGGAAAAUCACUAUGGUUUUUUGGCAAUUUUUUUUUUUAAGUUUAAGGUACGUUUUUCUGAAAACGCCUAUAUAGCUGUUGUUCCUUUUACAAUGGCAGUAGCUCUGCUGGUAACCUACCAUAAUUCUGAAACUAUUUUCUAACAAUAAUUCACAGUUUUCAAAGUGAUUUCAAUUACUUUAUUUCUGGAUAUCUAUAGACCGCGGCCGGCAAAACGUCCAUCUUUGUCGCUUGCCAUAAGGACGAGAUUUGCUUGUAUCGUUUUUAUAAAUAAACUGACAAGUCGUCCUUUUUGCAAGCGACAAAGUGGGACGUUUUGCCGGCCGCAGUCACAUAUUGUACCCGCUUUGUCAGCUAAUGUAGAUGGCGCUGUAUGUCAUGUCUGCUAUACGAUAUCUCGGUAAGGGUGGUAUUCAACCUGUCCAAUUUCUUAGACCAAUGUGUAUUUGCGUCUCGCAUUUUCCUUAAUGAGAGAGAGAGAGACGCAAUGCACAUUGGACCAAGAAAUUCGACAGGUGGUAUACCACCCUAAAACACUUCACACAUACUUGAUUUAGAAUCCUAAAUUCUAAACGGUAAAGGUGUAACCGCGUUUAGUAAUACUCCACGAACUAGGAACAUUUUUAGAACCCUAGUUAGGACGAAUGAAUUAAGUAAGGUAUAUGAAGCAUUUAACGAAGCGCUAUUUAUUAUAGGUAACAAUUCGAGCUACGACAAAUCGCACGGCGCCAUGACACGCCAUCUACUACAAUAUGUUUGAACUAUUACUUUACACACCUUAGUAUUAACUUGUCAAAGGCUAAGUGUAAGGCCUGAGUGGACGCUCGAGUUGGGCGUGCAAACGUAUAGGAGCGGCCUUAGUGCACGCUGCUCGCAUCACUUGUGAGCCCGACGCCACGCUGCACGCCCCGCCGAACUCCGCUUCUAGCGUCCACUCAGCCGUUACCAUAAAAGAGUAGGUACAUGCAUGAAGUCAACAUCAAGUUACAAUUACAAUAGAGUUUACGAAAAAUUCAGGAUUAAGGUAUGUUUCCAGUUCUGUCUGCCACCUCAAGCAAUAACGUAGAAUUAGGAAUCUGUCCAUGUUCGUAUUCGGUACCGCGUGUAAAUAUAGUAUAAAUAUUAUAGCAUGUAUGUAUGUACCCACCGAGGUUGUGGCACAUUUUCAUAAAUUGCCUUUGGAAAGAUUUACAGUAGGACCGGUUUUUUUUACUUUUUAAGCAAUUUUAUAUUUGGGAAGAAUCUUAAUAAUACAUUAAUAUUGUAUAUUAAGCGGUGGUGGACGAGUGGAACUGACGUCCAGCCGAAUUUAAAUACGGAGGUCGAGGGCUUAAACCUCGUACCAAUGAGUUUUUUGGAACUUACAUAAGAUAUUUACCGCUAGCUUUUCGAUGAAGGAAAACAUCGCGAGGAAACCUGCAUACAUCCACGAAGAAAUUUAAAGGUGCAUGUGAAGCUGUCAACCCGAUGGGGCUAGCGUGGAGACUAUACGUCCAAGUCCUCUCGCGUGUGAGAGGUGGCCUGUCCCAGCAGUGGGACGUAUAUAGGCUGAAUAAUAAUACAUUAAAACGGGUCACUCAUAUUUUUAGUCGAAUAUUGGUCGACAUGUUUUGCUCGUUAAAAACGUGAGUGACCCGCGUUAACAUUUAAUAUUAUUUAUCUGUAACAACCUAAAGGUACAUUUUUAUUAAGAUCCAUUGUCAGCAAUAUACUUUUACUAUAAUAUCAACCCUGAAAUCAUAAAAAAUGGCCGCCCUAUACGAACGAGGCAGCAGAACGAGGUAUGAAAGAGCCAAAUUUCUUUUCUCUAUUUCAGGAUUGGUCCUAUAGUACGAUCUACAUAUUAGGGAUGUGUGUACAUUAGUAAGGUUAAAACGUUGGAUUUUGAAUAACACUCUAUGUAUCAUAUAUUUAAAAUUUAUUUAUUUAAUAUUUUGAUUCAGGCAACAAGCCCUAUAUUACAAAUACCUUAAUCACCUAAAUUUUAUUUCAUAAUAAUCUCUAUAUAGAAGUAUGCAUAUUGUCACUUAAGAAAAUGUGCUGGAACUCAACUCAUACUAUGAUGGGGAUAAAAUAAUAAUUAGCUUGAUAUAAUGAAGUGUAAGAUUACAUUUUCAUAGAUUCAUCUUGACUAGACCUUACUAGAGGUCAAGUCAGGUCACGUGUAGUUUUGCAACUAAGAACAUUUGAACAUUCAAAUAUAGAAUCUUGGCACAUUCUUUGGCUGUCCGUUAUGUUUUAGAUUUGAGCAAAAUAGGUGCUGAAAGCUGCCUCACAUAUCUAUUUUUUUUUAGAAAAACUUUUAUGCACCAACCAAUGUAUAUGUACAAUAGAUGUCACUGUGCCGAUUUUUUUUAACUGAAAAUCUUGUAAUAUAAUAAUUUGGUGCUGUCUCUGCGCACAACUAGGUUACAAUAACAUGACUACCUCAUUUUGGCAGUUUGGUUGUUGGCUAGAAAGAUAUAAUCCCCAAAUAACUAUUAAAUUAUUCUUUUAAAAAAGCUUCUACGCAAUUAUGCCAAAAAAAUCCUUACUUACAUCAUUUUGGAAAAGAGCUGAUUCUCUUCAAACUUCUGGAUAGAUUUUUAUCAACCAUUGGCGUCAAAAGUAUACGCCCCUCUCUCCUCUUGGCUACCUUUACGUCGGGGGUCAAAAGAAAAAAAAAACUGUAAAUUUUGAAUAAAAUAUCGAGAGACUCAUACCAACUUAAUGUUACAUAGACUUUGAAGUGAUAAAGUAAAUUGCUAUGAAAAUAUGUUUAUCCACACUUCCACACUAUGGCUUUAUUCAUAAACGGGCUACAAGUCUCAUUUCGUUAUUAAUCGUUUGUCUUUAUCUAUAAUUUUGACUUGUGUAUUUGCAAGAAAGAGAUAAAACAUAAAUUAACUAAUUAGACUUGUUUUAUGAAGGAGGUUUGUCACCCCAAAUGCUCUGCAGAGUUAACUUAUGUGUUGUUUGUUCAGUUUUGUACGUGAAAAGGUCACCUUAAAUUAUAUUUUAGAGGUUUACAUUUUUUAAUUAAUUUGCAUGUUAGACCUCGAGGUCGUGCAGUGAGUGAAAACUUGCUAGAAAAUACAUUAAACAAGUUUUCAUAAAAAUUCUAAUGACACUUUUUUUAGCCAACAACCACAAGUACUCGUAAUUUUUUUUACAUGACAAGCCACAUCAAACUAAUAAACUUGCCAACUCAUUAUGUUAUUUUUAUCAUUGACUGGCGAAAAGCCUAGACACAUUUUAUAGGUUUUAGCAAACUUACCAAUUAGUGACGUACUCAGGUAUAGGUGGGUGGUUCAACUGUUUCUUGUUAUUCUGUACCAUCAGCCAGGAGACAAAAGUAGCAGUUUGUUAGAAGAAAAACCAAGUUUUACUAACACGCUUGAUAGCUGGCCUUUUUACACAAAAAAAGCGUUUAGUGAAUUUAGAAUAGAGAAUUAGAGUUAUCCAGGACAGCGUAACCAUGGCAAGAAGCGAUAAGAAAAAGUUGAUUAAUCCAGGCGGUUAGAGAUAGUCCAAGCUAAGUUGGUAGCGAUUUUGAUAGCACAGACUGUGCAAGUGUUAUUUAAAACGUCAUAAUUUCAUAGAAGUUUGACGUUGCACAGUAUGUCAUCAAAAUUGCUGCCAACUGAGCUUGGUCUAAAUUGUGCGAGUUUUAUCGUUCUUGACUGUGUUUAUUUAUAUUUGUUUUACACUUACCGCUCCACAUAAUAAGUUUACUGUGUAAAUAAAGUGGCUAAUGCCCGUGUUUUGGUAGACUAAAUAAUCAUUUGCCAUAAUUUUUGUUGGCUUUAUAAACCUAUGAAAAAUCGUUGACUUCAUUUUUCAUGUGCAAAAACGAUCCAUACUGAAAAGUCGGGUCACUCACGCUUUUCAGGUCUGAAUAGCUCGAUACACAGUUUGUGAGUGAGUGACUCGCGACGAUAGCCCAGCUGAUACCAGUGCACGUGAGUGACCCGAUUUGAAUAUCUUGAUAUGUUUGAGUCUGGUGAUAGUUUUAUAAUUACAUGAUCAUGUCGAAACAUGUUUUGCAUAUUAUAUUUUAUUCAAACAUUGACUUUAUUAAAGUGUUUCAAGAUUAUGAAUUAAGAUGACUAAUGGCAAAGUGAAUAUCAAAAUGUAAUUGAAUUGAAAAUUACAAUUUUACAUAUUACUGCAUUAGUUUUGUCAACAUAAUUAGAAUAUUAUCAUAGGGUAAAAUACCCAAUUGAUGGCAUCCCACCAAUACUUGGCACCUUAAUUUAAGGCUUAAAAACUUUAAAAAUUAGGUGCUAAUAACUGGUACUCAUUGGGUAGUUUACUAGUUUUUUUUAAGUUAAUCAUGUAUCAAGAGCAAUAUGGUUGUGUAUAGAAUAUUCAGUCAGUUACCUACGAUUAGACCUUAAGUCCAAGCGAUAAGGUUCAUUUUUAUACUGCAUUGUGCAAGCAUAUUAGAAACAAUUCUAUUGGAUGUAAUUAAAUUAAAAAGAUCCAAAUAAAACUAUAGUGAAAUUGUCUGGAUCUUUUUUAAACAAUGUUCAAUAAAUUAUCCAAUAUCUAUAGCAAAGAAAAAGCAGUACUAGGAGGUAAAGUAUCGUAGCCACACACUGAGCUGUGAUAGAUGGGCUGUACGGUGUCAAACGUUAGAACUUAACAAGAUUGAGCUGUAACUCAAUCUUGUCAAGUUCGUGGCCAUAUUGCGCUAUCUCUUUCAGCUGUAUUUGCGACUAGACCAUUUUGUACUCCUUUACGCGUCUAGUAUUGUUUAGUCUAUGCCUUAAUAGAAUCCUAUUAGUUUCCGAGGUCACAUUAGUUUUUUUUUGUAUAACAUGAUGGUAGAGGGUCUAAUCUAUGGAUAGAUUAUGAUAUGAACUUAUAAAUAUAACACCUAGGGCUAGAUUAGGAUCGAAUUCAUAGACAAUAUUUGUAAAUUGCUUAAUGUAAUAGACACUAUCUGUAUCAGAAUCUAGUCACAAAAUUAAUUUUGUCACGGUACGCCUAUAAUUUUCGCGUUAUUAGCAACUGUGUCUUUCUAGCAGCUAUAAAAAAGAGGCAAAUGCGAUGAGCGAUGCGAGUGACUAGAUUUUGGUAAACUACAGUGAUUUCAGUAUUACUAAAGUACUAUGAACGUAUUAGAAAUGGUAUGCCUUUCAAUUUAAUGUGAAAUAUGUCUUGCACAAUAUGGCACUUUAAAUGCAUGUUCUAAAAUUAAGAGACAAUCUACUAGUUACUGAAUAAAAAUAUGUAACUAUC